UCUCAGUUCUACCCCCUCCAAGCCCCCCUCCCCCACCUCCCACUCUAUUUAUAGCGGCCCUCUGCACUCCCCGCCCCCCUCACCCCCCGGGCUUGUUUUCCAACUACUCGCUGGGGAGCCGAGUGGGCAAUCGCCGGACGCAGAGAACUGAGACCCCUGGACUGAGAAGAGAGGACCUUUACCCUAACCCCACUGCAUCCACCCAAUAAGAAGCCAGCCACCAUGUCGGAGUUACAGGAGGUGUCUAUCACUGAGGAGAAGCCACUGUUACCAGGAAAGACUCUGGAAGAUGUCAAGGAGGCUGAAUUAGCUGCCCAAACUCUCUUGGACGCAGGACAGACUCAUUCUGUGGAGACCCCCUUUGGCUCCAUCACUUUCACUGUCUUUGGCAUCCCCAAACCCAAGCGUCCAGCGAUCCUCACCUACCAUGAUGUAGGACUCAAUUAUAAGACUUGCUUCAAGCCACUCUUUGAUACUGAAGACAUGCAAGAAAUUAUCAAGAACUUUGUUCGGGUUCAUGUGGAGGCCCCUGGUAUGGAGGAGGGGGCACCUGUGUUUCCUUUGGGGUACCAGUAUCCAUCUUUGGACCAGCUUGCAGACAUGAUCCCGUUUAUCCUGCAGUUCUUAAACUUCUCCACCAUUGUUGGCUUUGGAGUUGGAGCUGGAGCCUAUGUUUUGUCCCGAUAUGCUCUUUCACAUCCAGACCAAGUGGAAGGCCUUGUUCUCGUCAACCUUGAUUCCAGUGCUAAGGGCUGGAUGGACUGGGCUGCCCAUAAGCUGACUGGCCUCACUUCCUCUGUCUCUGACAUGAUCCUUGAGCACCUCUUCAGUCAGGAAGAGUUGUCAGGUAGCUCAGAGCUGGUGCAGCAGUAUCGAAAUAUCAUUGUGCAUGCCCCCAACCUAGAGAACAUUGAGCUCUUCUGGAACAGCUUCAACAACCGUCGAGACCUACAUUUUGAUCGAAGGGGAGAUACAAACUUGAGGUGCCCUGUGAUGCUUGUGGUGGGAGACCAGGCACCCUAUGAAGAUGCAGUGGUGGAAUGUAACUCAAAGCUGGACCCGACCACAACCUCUUUCCUCAAGAUGGCAGAUUCUGGAGGUCAGCCCCAGCUGACCCAGCCAGUGAAGCUGACUGAAGCCUUAAAGUAUUUCCUUCAAGGCAUGGGCUACAUGGCGUCUUCCUGCAUGACCCGUUUAUCUCGAUCCCGAACUUCCUCCCUGACCAGUAAUAGGUUAUCCAGGGAUGAUGGGCGUCCUCGAGCUUCGUCUCGGACCAGCGAUUCUGGGUCUAUUCCUGCAGAGUCUCCGGGACAGUCUAUGGAGGUCUCUUGUUGAGCAUCCCUCCCUCCCCUUUUGAAGGACCUGGCCCUCACCUCCCCCCAAGCCCCCAGCUCUAACCCGGGGGGUCUAUAAGGGUGAUAGGCCGGAGAGAGAGCCAGAGCGAGAGGCAGGACAGAUGUGCGGGGAGAUGGCAUUGACCUUUUGAUUUCCACCCUAACUUUGACCUCUAACCUGUGACCCCCACCCCAACCAAACCCUGGGAGAGAGAUUGCAAUGUCUCUUAGGGACCCAGACCCCCGACUUCUCAUUCCUGGAUGGUCUCCCUAUUUUGGAGGAAGACUUGGAGGAACGUGCUGUUCUCUGAUCCAGGAACCUUCAGAUGAGGGAAGAGGGGUUGCUGCAUCCCAGCUCAGAUUUUUUUUUCUCUAUCCCAGGAUGCACUGCAAUAAGGGCAUCUGGGAGACCCUCUGGGGAUGGAAUUGCUGAGGCUGAUUCUGAAUAAUCCUUAAUCUCCUAAUGGGGAUGGAGAUGUGUGUGUGUGUGUGUGAGAGAGAGACAGUGUGAAUGUUUAGGAAGCUUAUUGGAUAUUCGGGGUUUGAGAAGACCCCAAGAUUGCAUUGGGGAUUUCUAGAGGAUAGAGAAGAAAUAGAAGUGGGAGAAGGUGUGAGUGAUUAUGUAGGGUAGUGGGUAUGAGGCUGGAGCUAGGAGCAGGAGCAGGGAGUGAGUUGGGGCUGCUUGGCUGCACUAACUAUAGUUGUCAGUUUUUAUGGAGUGGGGCGAGGGGGCCAGAUAAGAGCUGUGCUGCUUGAGACUAGGCAUGAGGGAUGGGCAGGAUUGCCCAGGGAGCAGGGUAAGUGUCUUCGGGGCUCUUGACCAUGUCAGAGGGGAGGUUACCCCUUUAUGAUGAGUCCCUUGUCUCCCCCAACUCCCCUUGUAACAAUAAAACUGUGUAGACAAGACUGAA